AUGGACAAUACAAGGAUGAACUCUUUCUUAGAGUACGCAAUUUGUAAUCGUGGGACAAGCGCCUACUCAUCCAAGGGUUACCACCAUUCAGAACAAGGGAUAACAGCUUUCGCUCCUUGUGCAGGUAACGUUGACAAUUACAAUGGUGAUGGACGAUUCUUAACAGGAGGAAGCGCGCACAAUGCACUUCAGCAUCAGCACCAUCCAGCGAGUUAUUCGCAUCAUUCCAGCCUGACGAAUCCAUAUACCAGUCCAGGCCCCAACAACUACACGACCCAAACUUGUAACUCUGGUUACAAUCACCAUUAUUUUUUCACUCAAGAGUCGGACGGGGCGUACUUUCAAACCUCGGGGUACACUGGCAAUAUAGGAUCUACUGUCAAUUCACUUUCAGACGGUUAUUAUGGUGUCUCAGGGUCGGGUCAGUAUCAGCAUUCUUACGGCCAAGAGCAACAGGGUUUGGCGUAUGGGACUUAUGCUAAUCUGUCGCCAUCUCAAGAGGGGGAGAAGGAACCUUCCUGCACCUCAGAUUCAUCCUCUUCUGGCCAAACGUUUGACUGGAUGAAAGUGAAAAGAAACCCUCCUAAAACAGCCAAAAUCGCUGAUUAUGGACUGGCUGGCCAGACGAACACAAUACGAACCAAUUUUACCACCAAACAAUUAACUGAGCUGGAAAAGGAAUUUCAUUUUAACAAGUACCUAACCCGCGCCAGGAGAGUGGAGAUAGCGGCAACGCUCGAGUUGAAUGAAACUCAAGUCAAAAUCUGGUUUCAGAAUCGCAGGAUGAAGCAGAAAAAGCGAGAGAAAGAAGGUUUCGCUCCCAACUUUUUCACUUCCACUGUGAAAGAAACCGGGGACGGAUCGGACAAGUCGUCAACCACAUCGCCAUCCACGUCACCCAGAUCUUCGACAUCGGAGAACAUCCACACCUCUUAACUCUGGCUUUCGAACAAAUAGCAAUACCAAAGGGGAACAUGACUUAAUUUCCUUCAGUGCAGUUCACUAAUGAUAAUUGCCUUCCUUUUUGUGUCAUGCUUGUAAUAAACUCAGGGAAACUACCAAAAGAAUGUUAGCAUUGCACUUUCCACCUGUUUAGGAUACCAGAAUCACAUAUCUCAAUACCGACGGUUGUAAUACCACAUAUUGUUUAACUGAUUGUGAAUAUAUAUUUCACUAUGUGGUUUUGAUUACCCGCCUUAAGUUAUUAUUAACUUUGCAGGGAGCGUGGCUUCAUUGAGCCUUACUGUACAUGGGUAGGUUUCAGUCUGUUUUGUAUUUAAGAGUCAGGAUUUCUAAUGGAAUUGUUUGUAUAUAUCGGAAAGCGAGAAAAAAUACA